AGCAAAGGUUGGUUUCUGAUCAAAUUUCAGGACAAACUGUAGACUUUAUAUAACUCAGUCCAGCUUUGGGGAAAAAGACAGCAGCUGCCUGGACAGGACCUAAAUUCAUCUAUUGGCUCGACUUGAAAAGGAAUCAUGCAAAGGAACAUCAUAUUCUUGUGGAUUUGUGCUUUUGCAGUGGUUCUUGGAAAUCAAGAGACUUUACCACAACCUUCCAUCAGCGAUAAACUCCCGUCAUUGAUAAAGAUGAACAACGAUUUUGCUUUUCACCUGUACAAGAGGCUUGUAGAAAUGCCCGACUAUCAGUCCAAGAAUAUCUUCUUCUCUCCCCUCAGUGUGUCCAUGGCCCUUUCUGCGCUGUGUUUAGGAGCCGGUGGUGAAACUAAAGAGCAGCUUCUCAGUGGCAUCGGCCAUAACAGCUCUAUCUUCAGCACUGAAGAAAUGCACCAGAUGUUCCACAGUCUCCUAGAAGAAAUGGACAAGAGGACAGGGGUGGACAUUGAUGUCGGUAGUGCUCUAUAUGUAAGUGACAAAUCCAAGCCUCUUCCUAAAUUCCUGGAGAACAUGAAGGAGUUUUACCACUCAGAUGGCUUCGCUGUGGAUUUCGGUGUCAAAGAAACAAUGGAGCAAAUUAACACGUAUGUGAAAGAAAAAACUCAUGGGAAAAUAGAUCGAGCUGUUGAUUCUCUAGAUCCAAAUACGGUCAUGUUCCUUCUCACCUACAUAUAUUUUAAAGGACAAUGGGACAUGCCGUUUAACCCAAACAGAACCCAUGAGGGUAGAUUUCAUGUGGACAAUGAGACCACCGUUCCAGUACAAAUGAUGAACCAAAAUGAACGCCUCAAGUUUUAUCAUGACGUUGAACUCUCUACUAAAGUUCUCUGUCUAGACUACAAUGACUCUUUCUCCAUGUAUCUGGCUUUGCCAGAUAAAAACGAAGAUCAGACAAUCCGAGACCUGGAGAGGGUCGUCUCUGGACAGCACAUUGAAAAAUGGAGGGGGGCUGUCCAGAAAAGAGAACUCGACAUCUAUGUACCCAAGCUGUCUCUGAAAACAGACUAUACCCUUAACGAUAUUUUGAAGGGAAUGGGAAUAAUGGACAUGUUUACACAUAAAGCUGACUUCUCAGGAAUUUCGGAAGACAACUUCUAUGUUUCAAAGGUUUCGCAUAAAGCCACCCUAGAUGUGGAUGAGGAAGGAACUACCGCAGCAGCAGUGACCACGAUUGGAAUCAAACUUGCUAUGUUACCAAGGAUAUUCCGUAUUGACCGUCCAUUCAUGAUCUUCAUCACUGACCAAACAAACGACCACAUCCUCUUCCUUGGAAAAGUGGUCAACCCGGCAGUGAUGUGAUGAUGUGACAUUCAAGAUUUAUCCAGCAGAUGCCAUCAUUUUGACAACGUUUUAGAAUUUUCAUAAGACAGCUGCUGGUGUUACAUACUGUAUGAAGAUGGCAGCUCUUCUUUAAUAGUUAAUGUCAGCUUCUGUUAUGGCUAAACUAAAUGUAAUAGUUGCAAAGAUGUCUUCAAAAGAUUUCAGUAAAAUGAGAAAAAAGCAACUGGCCACACCUGUUAUUUUGUAUCUUUCUAGCAAAUUUCUGCUAUCGCUUAUUCACCAGUUUUACUGUUUUACUCAGUUCUGACUAUAAAGUAAGAAAAAAAACUGUUCUCUAACUGUGAAUUAUAAAUAUGUGGAAAAUGCUUGUUAUAAAGUAAAGUUGGUUUUACUGAAACAAAAGUAAGCCAGAGUGUGGAACGACACUUAAGGGAAGAGACCAGUAGAGGCUGGUAAUAAAUAUGUCAAUUCACAUAGAACAUUAAACAAAAACAAUUUACAGGUAGGAGAUAUAUGCAAGUGUGGAAAACUACUGAAGCAGUCACUGUAGUGUUGCACACUUGCAAGUAUUGCAAUCAGUUAAUAUAUACAGAUAAACAAUGAAGAGUGAGCAGCACGUCAUUCCCAUUGAAAUGCAAAAAAAUGAUGGUGUGUCAAAAAAAAAAAAAAAA